AUGGACCGUGACUCUCCCUUUGCAGAUCCAGAUCGUCCAUCUGAACCGCUACCGACAUCGCCACCGCCCCCACCGCCCUUCUCCAGCAGCCUCAAAGCAUCCAUCUUUGAUCAUUCGCGCAUCGUUCAACCCUCCACAAGCGUCUACAGGAGCGCCAGCCGUCCUCGCCACGAUGACAUCCGUGAGGAAUCCUACCAUGAAAGCCUCCAACCCAGCGUGGCCUCGCUAGCCGUCGGUUCGAGCAGCCGCCUUUCUACUGCUGACCACGACCAGCCAACUACGCACGGUGCAAUCCGCACCCACAACCCUCGCCCGGACGCCGGGAUACGUAUCGACAGCUAUCGUGGCCACCAAGGCGACGCCGAUGAAGAACAAGAACCGGAAGACUUGCUGUCGGACGAGGAGCUUGGCUUGAUAGCUGGCAAUGAUCGCCGACCAUCUCCAUCCGCCUCCCGCGGGUCCAGCCGGUCCCGCAAACGUCGCACCGAUCCCUCGGAUCCUCGCUCGCGCGCCUCAGCUGUAGGUGGUCUCAGCGCAAAGCAAAAGGCGCUCUGGAUGUGGGCCAACGUCGACAAUCUCGACGCGUUCCUCCAAGAAGUGUACGCCUACUAUGUCGGCCGCGGCGCCAUCUGCAUCGCGCUCUCGCGCUCGCUCAACCUGCUCACCGUCGCCUUUGUCAUCUCCUUCUCCACCUUCUUGUUCGGAUGCAUCGACUACUCUGCCAUCGCUCACGACGGUCAGCUCAGCGAUGUCAUCGUAGGUCAUUGCGUCGCCGGCUUCUCCCCCUUCGCUACGCUCGUCGUGGUCGUGCUGCUGGCCGCAUUCGGCUGGCAGCUGGUUCAAUUCGUGCUCGGACUGUCGAGACUCAAGGCCAUGCAUCGAUUCUACGAGCAUCUGCUCGGCAUUCCCGACGCUGACGUUCAAUCCAUCCCAUGGCACGAGGUGGUCAAUCGCAUCUCGGCUCUGCGUGAACAGCAUCCCAACACCUCGCUCAGCUCGGCCGACGAGAUCGAGCUCGGCGAUCGUGCCUCCUCAUCGCUGCGCCCCUCGCACCACCAGCGGCUCGAUGCACACGACGUCGCGAACCGUCUCAUGCGCCAGGAAAAUUACCUCAUCGCCCUCUUCAACGAAAACAUCCUCGACCUCUCGGUACCUGGUCUGCGCAACAGGAGCCCAGCCUUGACACGCAGUCUCGAGUGGAAUCUCAACUUUUGCCUGCUCGGCUUCCUCUUUGACUCCAACGGUCAAGUGCGCCACCAGUUCCUCUCUGAACGCUACCGCGCCGACCUCAUCGAAGGCCUACGCAGACGAUUUCUGUUCAUGGCGGUGGUCAACGCCAUCUUUGCACCCUUCAUCGUGCUCUACCUGCUCGUCUACUCGUUCUUCCGCUACUUUGAAGAGUACCACAAGGAUCCGUCCAAUCUCGGUUCGCGCCAGUACACCCAGUACGCACGAUGGAAGUUCCGCGAGUUCAACGAGCUGCCGCACCUUUUUCGUAGAAGAUGCCACACCUCGUACGCGCCUGCAUCCAAGUACAUCGACCAAUUCCCCAAGGAGAAGACCGCCAUCGUCGCACGAUUCGUUGCGUUUGUCGCGGGAUCGUUCACCGCGGUGCUCAUCCUCGCAUCGGUGAUCGAUCCGGAUCUGUUUGUGCACUUCAACAUCACACCGCAGCGCAACAUGCUCUUCUACAUUGGAGUGUUUGGCGCCAUCCUGGCUGUUUCCAGAGGCAUGGUCCCGGACGAGCAUCUGGUGUUCGAACCCGAAGCCGUGCUGCGCGAAGUGAUCCAGCACACACACUAUCUGCCGCAGGACUGGAAGGGACGUUUCCACUCGGCUCAGGUCCACCAGGCGUUUGGACAGCUGUACACGCUCAAGAUCUACAUCUUCUUCCAGGAGCUGUUGAGCGUCGUGACGACGCCGUUUGUGCUGUGGCUUUCGCUGCCGGGAUGCGCGCCGGACUUGAUCGAUUUUCUACGCAAGUAUACGGUGCAUGUGGAUGGGCUGGGACACGUGUGUUCGUUUGCCGUGUUUGACUUUGCCAGGCAGCCGACGGCGAGCACCAUGGGUGGAGUAGCGGCCAAGGGGAUCCACAGGCAGCCUCAGCAGGGUAGCAGCAAAGCGAGAGCGCUACGGAACGGGAUGAGGGAAGGAAAGAUGGAGCAGAGCAUCUUGGGUUUCAGGGCGAACCAUCCGGACUGGGACCCAGCAGCUCAUGCCAGCACCGCGUCGAUCCACCGACACAAUGAAGAUAACGGCUCCAAGAGCAGUGCUAGUGCAGCAGCGACGUCGCACCACGGGUAUGGAAAUGGGAUGGCCAAGUCGGAUGCACCAACCACCACGACAGGAGGAGCCAAAGUCAAGGAUUUGAUAGAUCACAUCUACCGCGGGAGCGGCGCUGCCGCUGGCGGAAGCAGAUGGUGA